GACAAGCGGAGGUCCGAUAGUGGAUUCCAGGAGUUUGCACUAGUACUGUAAAUUACUCGAGUAGAGUACUAGUACUCUGUGCUAGUACUUGUACAAGUACAUCGGGUGAAAACUUGAGCGCCACAAGGCUUUGGAUCGGAGGUCCAGGUGUCCAAGUGUUCCAGAAGCUACGGCCAGAGAAAAAGAAAAUAAGGCGGAAGGAAAAAAAAAUCCAAAGUGCAGAAAAGUUAAUAAUCCCCCCAACGAUACCGGUAACCUCUCUCUUUCCGAUUAACGAGUAACAUCCAGGGCAUUCUGCGGCUGCAUACCGGCACUGUGCGGCACUGCACUCGUACCAUACACAAGCCCCGCGUUGAACGACACUUCUGGCUCGUGCAUUGGUCGUUCCCUCCAAGGGGCCCCUCUUCUUCCUUUCCCUUCCCUACUUUUUCCCCAAGCAUCCUGUCCACAAUUCCCAUCUCACCCCCUAGUUUCUCGACAAUUCUUCUUUUUAGCCUUUGGUCUGCACCAGAUAAUUGCCGACACAUUCAAACAUUAUCGCAAGUGCAAAGCAAGCAAACUCAGGCACGAGCGAGGGGAAGAAAAAAAAAGAAAAAAAACUGCAACAAACGGAACAUCACGGAAGAAGACAGAAACAACACUUCCUUUUUCUUCGAACCGAAAAAUAACCUCUUCGUCAUCGCCACAUCGCCGGUACCAGACGGCAAGGACAGACAGGGGCGGCGAAUAUCAUUCAGAUCCAAUGAGCUUUUCGACAGUUGCUGAUAUUCCGGUCAGGGUCACGUCUGAUAAUGCUGCUUCUGAGCGCCGACUCUCCCCAUCGUGGAGCAUCACUGAGCUCAAGAAUAAGCUUGAACCCGUCACCGGCAUCCCUCCACCUUCACAGCAACUCACGCUGCGUGUGCCACAUGCUCCUCAACCUAUACCCAUCUGGAGCCAUGAUGAGGAAAACACGCAGAUAGCAGCCUUUCCUCUUCAGCCUUACGCUGAACUCCACGUAUGACACCCCUUCCCAUCCAUUGUUCCUUUUUCCUCCUCCUACCUGCCGACCCGCCACUCUGAGAGGUAUUCUAGUCUGCUCCUUCCCUUUCUUUACGCUACCCUGCGUCUGCCAAGUCCUCGUAUAUAGUACUCGAGUACCUCAGGGACGCACUGCACAUCUCCUUUCCCGCCUACACUUUCUGCCCCAAUCGCCCAUAGUUCCUUUUUUUUCUCCCUUUGCUUUUCACACAAGAUCCUAUCAUUUAUUUAUUUAUUCCCCUUACCUCUCUUGAUUAUAAAAUUAUUUAUUUAUUCCAAUUUCUUCCCCUGUCAUCCCCCAUUUGUCUUAUGCACAACGUUCCUUUUCCGACGAGAAAAGGCACCUCACCGUCGUUGUUACGUAGCGUACAACCCUUGUCUCCCGUUGUCUCAAAAUGAGAAAAAAUAUGAGAAAAGCAGCGAACAGGGGUGGGGAGGAGAAGAAAACACUCCGAUUUGACACACCGUUUUUUGACGUUUGUUUCAUAUCCACGCCAAUAGGUUGCGGAUUCGCGUCCGCUCGCAGCCCGCCCCAAUUUCGCGGAUACUACUGGUGUCGAGAAAUAUGUGAUGCCGGAGGAGGAGUAUGAUAAGCUCCAAGAUAGUGUGCUUGCUUGGAAAAAGAGGAAUAAGCUCGGCCGGUUCGACCCGGAUAAGGAGGAGAAGGACCGAAUGGAGCUGAAGAGACAGUACGACGAGGUGGGCGCUAGAAGGAUAGUGGUAGGUGCCAGGUGCCGAGUCGGAGCAUCGGACCUAGGUCGUAGGGGUACGAUCAGGUACGUUGGGGAGGUUAACGAGAUUCCUAACGGUGGCGUAUGGGUUGGCGUUGAGACGGACGAACCAACAGGUAAAAUCAGAUUCUUCCCCCCAACCCCUCGACUGGCGCCAUCUUCGCGGCACCGGGGGAGAAAUGCAAGGUACACACAUUUUUUCCUUCUAGAAGCUAACCCUAGUUCUGCGUUGCAGGGAGGAACGACGGAUCUAUUCAGGGAAAGUCCUACUUCAAGUGUGAGGCCAAGCAUGGGUCCUUUGUCCGGCCUGAUCGCAUUGAGGUUGGGGAUUUUCCUGAGAUUGACGAUCUAGGCGAUCUGGAGGAGAUAUAGUACCCCAAAGGGAAUUAGCGUUAAUCAAGCACCUGCUAGCUCUCCCC